GGGCGGCGGGGCGGAGCCGUGCGGGCGGGCCGGGCCGCGGGCAGGAAGAUGGCGAACGUGCAGCUGGAGUUCCAGGCGAACGCCGGCGAGGCGGACCCGCAGAGCCGCCCGCUGCUCGUCCUGGGCCAGCUCCACAACCUGCACCGCCUGCCCUGGGCCCAGCUGCGGGGCAAGCUGCAGCCGCGGGUCAGCGAGGAGCUCUGGCAGUCUGCAUUAGGCACCCUGAACCCAAACCCCACUGACAGCUGCCCGCUCUACCUGAACUACGCCACCGUGGCUGCGCUGCCAUCCCGGGUCAGCCGGCACAACAGCCCGUCUGCAGCUCAGUUCAUCACCCGCCUGGUUAGGAACUGCCUCCCAGGAGGUGUCAACAGAUGCAUUGUGAUGGUCUGUGAGCGGUCUGAAGUUUUUGCUUCUGCUUGUGCACUGGCCAGGGCCUUCCCGUUGUUCACACAUCGCUCCAGCGCAUCGAGACGCACAGAGAAGAAAACUGUAACAGUAGAAUUUUUCUUGGUUGGACAAAACAAUGGACCUGUAGAAGUGACAACGCUUAAAUGUCUGGCAAGUGCUGCAGAAGGAAUCAGGCUGGCUGCUCGAAUUGUGGACACCCCGUGCAAUGAGAUGAAUACAGAUAACUUCCUUGAGGAAAUAAAAAAAGUUGGCAAGGACCUUGGGAUUACUCCUACCAUUAUUCGAGACGAGGAGCUGAAAGAGAGAGGCUUUGGAGGUAUCUAUGGAGUUGGCAAGGCUGCUCUGCAUCCUCCAGCCCUAGCAGUUCUCAGUCACACUCCGGAUGGUGCUACACAGACCAUUGCAUGGGUGGGGAAAGGUAUUGUGUAUGACACUGGAGGACUCAGCAUUAAGGGAAAGACUACUAUGCCAGGAAUGAAGCGAGACUGUGGUGGAGCAGCUGCUAUUUUGGGUGCCUUCAAAGCCACUGUAAAGCAAGGUUUUAAAGACAAUCUUCAUGCUGUGUUUUGUUUGGCCGAGAAUGCAGUUGGACCACGUGCAACAAGACCUGAUGACAUUCACGUUCUUUACUCUGGAAAAACUGUGGAAAUCAAUAAUACUGAUGCAGAAGGUCGGCUGAUACUGGCUGAUGGAGUUGCUUAUGCAUGCAAAGAUCUUGGAGCUGAUAUCAUUCUUGAUAUGGCCACUCUUACUGGAGCUCAGGGAAUUGCUACAGGGAAGUACCAUGCUGCUGUCCUUACCAAUAAUGAAGAGUGGGAAAAGGCUUGUGUUAAGGCUGGCAGGAACUGUGGAGACUUGGUCCAUCCUCUUGUGUACUGCCCUGAGCUCCACUUCAGUGAAUUUACCUCUGCUGUAGCUGAUAUGAAGAACUCUGUGGCAGACCGAGACAAUACUCCGAGCUCCUGUGCUGGGCUCUUCAUUGCUUCUCACAUUGGCUUUGACUGGCCUGGGGUCUGGGUUCACAUCGACAUCGCCGCCCCUGUUCACGCGGGUGAACGAGCUACUGGCUACGGCGUGGCUUUGUUGCUGUCCCUGUUUGGAGGGGCAUCUGAAGACCCUUUGCUAAACAUGGUGUCCCCCCUAGGCUGCAAUGGAGACUUUCCCCCUGAUGAUAUGGAGAGGGAUUCCAAAAGGCGGCGCCUGGUUUGAUGCGCCCAGCCCUCUGUGACGGGGUGCAUGUGUUACCUCACUUUGCACUGAUUCAUUCUCAAGCAAUGAAAAUGUCACACGUAGAAAUGGCCAUUUUAUUUUAUUUUUUUUACUAUCAUGGUAAGAUUUAUUACUUAUUUCUGAUAAAAACAGCCUGAUUUUUUUUUUUUUUU